AUGCGGCAAAAAGUGAUCUCAUUGAACGCAGUAUCAAAUUUGUUGCUGCAAUGCAACUCAAACUACUCGAAAAGUACCGCAACGGCCACAAAAACAGCUCUGGCCGUUCGAAGACAUUUAAAACCGCCUUAUUAUAGACGAACCAUACCCGCAUAUCCAGCAACUCAUAAACUGAAGGAGGAAUUCCCGAAUGCAGGCGAUUUGGACGGCUCAGGGCCAAGGCUCUAUGACUAUGAGCAAAUGGGUGAUAUUGUCAGAUCGCUGCCGAAGAUUUCAGAUAAAAUUGAUUUCGUGAAUCCGUAUGAACGACCGUGGACGAGAUUCGAAAAAACAUGGCAUAGGCCAUGGCAUCCGUUCCUAAUGUCGCCCCGUAAAGCGUGGAAUGUACCAUCGGUGCCGCGUUACUUUGAUUCAUUAAACUUCUACAAAUAUAUCACAAAAACUCGUCUCGUCGAUGGUUUGAAUCAAUGGUACGAAGGUAUUGUUCCACCAACCACUUCUUUCCAGAUGCGUUUGAUAGAAUCGUUGAUUGCAAAUUUGGAAUCGAAUCAAACGGACAUCGAUGAGAGUGAACGUGUCACCAUUCUGUUGCAAGCUGUUUUUGAUGCAGCCUUGUUAACAUUGGCACAGAACGUACAUCGUUUGCAGAACUGUCGAAUCUCAGCAACACCACGCUGCGAAUCAUUCUGGGUUCGUGCGGGAUUUAUGCAAAUCAGAAAGCUUGGCGAGUUGGCGUUUGUUCUGAGGGAUCAACUUGCUGCUCAUAUUCGUACGAAGCAACCACUGCGACCGUUAUUCAAAUUCUCAAACGAAGACGAAUUGAACGCUGAAGUGUUUGAUGAAACGGUUGAUGUGAAACAAGAUGUGAUCUAUUCACCGAAAGUAUUCAAUAUGUGGCCCGAUGAGAAACCGCUUUGGCAAUGUGCUGGCUUCGAACCUGAUUCGGGCGAUGAAUAUAAGUCGGGUUUGUUGGCCAUAAAAGAUGUGAGUUCGUUGAAUGAUUUGCUGGCGUAUUGGAAGGUUGAACCGGGAGAAGAGCGAUCGAUCGUUCAGCGAGAAUCGCUGACUGCCACAGCGAUUGUGUCACUCUUCUCGUGGCUCAAUGCUCAAGCACAUUCUUUGGGUUUCACUCAAUAUAACGACAUUGAAUGGCCAUUGGUAUCGCAGAUGAUCCUGUCGGAUGGACGUGAUUUCUUUUUUGCUAUUGCCCAACUGAACACGAUCGCAAUCAAUAUCGAUGUUAAAGGUUUCGUCAACAAUCGCAGUAAUGUGUGUUACGUGGAAGGACCGUUGCGUUUAUACGACCGUUUCGAUAGUCGUCGAGGAAAUUUCUAUUACUUGUUGGCCGACGGAACUGAAGUUGAGGGCUUAAAUCCACAAGUGAUGACUCGUAUCUUGCAAAUGUUCAUCAAAGAAUGA